UGUGAAAUCUGAUUGGCUGUUGCCGGCUCGUUUUGAAAAACUCGUCUGGUUUGAGGCGGAGGGAAAGUUCAAAAUUGUAGCAACAGGAACGGUAGGAACAGUAACAACAUCAAGAGGAACAGCGAGCUACAAUGAACAGACAAGUGAAGAGUAAAACCCCUCGUAGGCUUCCUCCAAAAAAGCCUUCCAGUAACCAGAAAGACCCUGUUGGGGUGUACUGCCGUGUACGGCCUCUGGGUGUGGAGGAUGUAGAGUGCUGCAUCGAGGUUAUAAGCAGCGCCACCAUCCAGCUGCACGCCCCUGAAGGCUUCAAAACAAACCGCAAUGGAGAGUACAAAGAGACGCAGUAUUCCUUCAAAAAAGUCUUUGGGGUGUCUAUAUCUCAGAUAGAGCUGUUUGAGCAUGUUGCCAAACCUCUUGUCGACGACCUCAUCCAUGGAAAAAAUGGUCUGCUCUUCACGUAUGGGGUCACAGGAAGUGGAAAGACGUUCACCAUGACUGGCUCUCCAGGCGAGGGUGGACUUCUACCUCGAUCACUCGAUAUGAUCUUCAACAGUAUAGGACCCUACCAGGCCAAAAGAUAUGUUUUCAAGACUGAUGACAAAAAUGGCAUGGAGGUCCAGAAUGAAGUUGAUGCUUUGUUGGAGCGACAAAGGCGGGACAACAACUUGCCUGUUCCUAAAUCAGCAUCAUCAUCCUCCUCCAGACAAAAAGAUCCUGAAAUUGCUGACAUGAUUAAGUUAGAGGAGGCUUAUAAAACUGAUGCUGUGGAUGAGGACAGCAGCUACAGUGUCUUCGUCUCCUACAUUGAAAUCUACAACAACUACAUCUAUGACCUCCUGGAGGAAAAUCAGGAGGAGGCAAUCAAACCGAAACCACCGCAGUCUAAGAUCCUCCGAGAGGAUCAGAAUCACAACAUGUAUGUGGCCGGUUGUAUGGAGGUGGAAGUCAAGUCUGCCGAGGAGGCAUUCCAAGUAUUCUGGAGAGGUCAGAAGAAGAGGAAGGUUGCAAACACCCGCCUGAACAGAGAGUCCAGCCGCUCCCACAGCGUGCUCAUCGUUAAACUGGCUCAGGCUCCUCUUGAUGCAGAUGGAGACAACAUUCUCCAGGAUAAGAACCAGGUGACUGUUAGUCAGCUGUGCCUGGUGGACCUGGCAGGAAGUGAGCGCACCGGCAGGACCGGGGCAGAAGGCACCCGUAUACGUGAAGCAGGUAACAUUAAUCAGUCACUACUGAAUCUGCGGACGUGCAUCGAGAUACUUCGAGAGAACCAGAUGUGCGGCACAAACAGGAUGGUCCCCUACAGAGACUCUAAAGUAACCCAUUUGUUCAAAAACUACUUUGACGGAGAGGGGAAAGUCCGAAUGGUUGUCUGUGUCAAUCCCAAAGCUGACGACUACGAGGAAACCUUGCUGGUGAUGCGGUUUGCAGAGCUGACCCAGGAGGUGGAAGUGGCUCGGCCAGUGGACAGGCCCAUCUGUGGCUUCACCCCGGGCCGUCGCCAUAGAAACCAGGCCUUUAAAGAGGAACUGUCGCGCAAGCUGGACGAGCGUGGUGGUCCGAUAGACAGAGACUUGCCCUCUGUUACAAACCACCUGGAGCACAGCCUCCCACCUCUUCCCUCCUGUGAGUUGACCGACCGCCACGAUGACAUCACCCUGCCCAGGCUGAUUGAAGCUCUGCAGAACAGACACAGGAUCAGGCAGAUUAUGAUUGAUGAAUACAACAAUGCAGCCAACAGGAUGAAGUCCAUGCUUCAGGAUCUGGACAACAGCCUAAUUUCCAAAGAUGAUUUCAUUAAUGAACAGAAUGGCAAACUGGUGGAGAAGGACAGAAUCAUCCAGAACAACAAGAUGGAGAUGGAGCGCUUGGAGAAGAGAAACAAGAUGCAAGAACACAAGAUUGACAUCCUGCAAAAAACGACUAAAAUCUAUGAGGGAGACAAGCGUUCACUGCAGUGCGAACUGGAAACCAAAGCCCAGAGGCUGCAGAGGGAGCUGUCUGAGAAGAAACGCAUGGAGCAGCGCAUGAACGGAGUUGUUACAGACACUCAGUACAAGUGGGAGAAAGAAUGUGACCGACGCGUUAAUGCGAUGCAGCUGGAGAUGCAAAACAAGCUCUGGGUGAAAGAUGAGAAACUGAAGCAGCUCAAGGCCAUCGUGACGGAGAGCAAGACUCCGGGUCGUCCUGAUCCUCCACCGCGUCAGACGCAGCUUCAGCGGCCCUCCAGAGAGGAACGCCUCCCGGCAAAGAGAUCGGCCUCGCCCUCCCCUGUCCCCACGACGGCACCAGUGCGGCCGCUGCACCGUCGCUCCCGCUCUGCUGGUGGGGAGAAGUGGGUGGACCACAAACCCUCCUCCAGCUUGGACCUGGGUACAGUUUUGCAGCCAGUCAUCCCAAAUUCCAUCCAGGUGUCUACACCGAGUGAGAAGGCCCUGUCGAAGUGUGACAGAUAUGUGCUAACACACCAGGAGGUGGCCUCUGAUGGCGAGAUACAGACCAAACUUAUUAAGGGGGAAGUUAUUAAGACCAGAGGAGGAGGACAGUCUGUCCAGUUCACGGACAUCGAGACGCUGAGACAGGAGCUCACCACAGUCACAAGGCUCAAAAGAAAAUCUUCAGAAGGCACACCUGCCAAUGGAGAUCGAACCGAUGGAGCUUGGCCCGAUGUGGAGACGAGGUGUUCUGUGGCUGAUGGAGAUGAGGGCUGGAUCAAACAUGGGUCCUGGCUAUGCGCAUCAUGGGAUCACCAAGCGCAGAAAACCCUAAAAGCAGCCGUCAGCUGCUCCAGUGAUCACUCCCCUCACCCGGCUGUUGUGCAAUAGUCUGAACUUUUUAUAUUUAGCUCUAGCGAUAAUAUUUAUACAUUUUCCACACUUUUAUAUAUGCAAAAGUGUAUAUACAUGGGUCACCAAAGCUGUUUUGUAAAAAUAUUUGAUGUUAUCUUUGAACCAAUAGAAGAAACAAAGUGAUUCAGUCGGUGGCAAAUAUUUAGUUCCUGUGGUGCUGCUGCUGAAAAGAGUCUGUUUGCACAUUUAUGUGUAACAUGGUGUUACUUGGCACAUGAGUGAUUGUAAAGCUGCCACAAUAUUAAUGUCUGCUACAUACGAUUUGUGUGCUGAAUUAUAUUAAGU